AAGAGUUCCUUCAUAGACAUCAUUUAUUUGGAAGAACUCGAAACAUGCGUUACUAUCUCGUAAUUAUUUCAUUGACACUGCUGAAAUUUAUCAGUGGCUUGCCAGUGGAUCCUGAAUAUGAUUGCAAAGUCCUAGAACCCGUUAAUGGCAACGAUUCGGUGGAAAAUGUUGUCAAGAAUAUUAAGAUUUCUCUGCAAAAUGCCAUUAACCGUGCAUCAAACCGAGACAACUGCGAGAACAUGGUAACACAUUUACAAGAGACUCUAAGGACCGCUGAGGGGCAAACGUCUCAAUCGGACAAAAGACUCUUUGUCAUUGAUUUCCUGGAUCAUCAGGGAGUGCUAAGCAAAGAUGACACACGACGCAAUGGGUUAACGAGCGUACUACCCAAUCUAACCCAACUUGGCCGAAGAGCUCUAAACUUUCUUAAAAAAAUUGAAGAUAAAUUAGCAAGUGUUCUUUAUCAAUAAAUGUGGAUAUAAGUUCUAUUAUUGUACUAUUA